CUCUAUGACUGGCAGAAAGAUUGAAACUAAGAUUUUAAAGUCUAACCCAAUCUUAGAAGCUUUUGGUAAUGCCACAACAACUCGGAAUGAGAACAGUUCAAGAUUUGGUAAAUACAUCCAGUUAAACUUUAACAGGUCUGGGAACAUGAAGGGAGCAGCCAUCAGCACAUAUUUACUGGAGAAGACCAGAGUCGUACAUCAGGGACCUGCAGAAUGUAACUUCCAUAUUUUUUAUCAGAUGAUGCAGCCUGGACUUAGAGGAAUCAAGGCCAUUGGUCAGUUCUUUGACGGUUUUGACCAAAGCAUUUCAUUCAGAAUCCUACCAGGACAAUCAGAGAGGUCUGCUGGAAAAGACAGUGAAAUGCUCCAAAACACCAUGAAAGCUUUGGAGGAAAUUGGUGUGACAGACAGCCAAACGAAGCAGAUAUUCCAGAUUCUUCUGGCCAUAUUGUAUCUUGGUAACAUAGAAUUUAUAAAAGGACAGGAUGAAGAUACAACUAAAAUCAAACAGUCCAAAGGAAGUUCCGAUGCCAUGCAAAACGCAUGCAAUCUACUGUGCAUCGACAGCAGACAGCUACAGCAUAUUCUCCUGCAUCGUAACAUCCAUUCUGGCCGGAAGGGACGUGAGAGUAUGUUUGUGAAACCUGUACGACAGUCUGAAGCGGCCAACCGCCGUGACUGUCUGGCCAUGCUGUUAUACUCCAGUCUCUUCAACUGGCUGGUCAGUUAUAUCAAUGACCAAUUCCAUGGCAACUCCUGCAAGCAAAGUAUUGGAUUGCUAGACAUUUAUGGGUUUGAAUGUUUCCAACAGAAUAGUCUGGAACAGUUGUGCAUCAACUAUGCCAAUGAACGUCUACAACAACACUAUGUUCAGCACUUUCUUCGAGAUCUUCAGACUGAAUACAUUGAUGAGAACAUUGAGUGGACGUACACAGAAUUUGAGGACAACCAACCACACAUUGAUCUCUUGGAUGGCACAUGUGGAGUGUUUGCUCUCCUUAAUGAAGAAGUCUACCUGAAUCGUCCAAAAGACCUGAUAAGUCUUGGUAACCGUUUGAUGGAGGUCACCAAUAGAAAGACCAGCCAUCGUCAGCCUUUGACACCAAGACUUCACAAUAAGAUCAACGACAGUUCUUCAGCUGCUCAAAGAAGUCAGAAGAAGAAUUCAGAGAAAUUUAGUCCCAGAUUUGUGAUCAGACAUUUUUGUGGCGUUGUUGAUUAUGAAGCCAGAGAAAUGGUUGAGAAAAACAAGGACAAUAUACCAAGCGAAGUGGAAAAUCUGGUCAAAACUAGCCAACUUGACUUUGUCCAACAAAUCAUGACUUCCAUAACAUCAUCAACAUCAACAACAACAACAACAUCAACACCAAGUAAGAAGAAAAAAACAGUUUUAACAAAAUUCAAGACCUCUCUUGACCAACUGAUGCUGUCACUAAAUGCCUCAGAUGUCCACUACGUUCGCUGCCUGAAACCCAACAAGGACUGUGUCCCCAAUAAAUUUGACCGACUCUUUAUGAUGUCUCAGCUAAAGGCCAGUGGGAUUUUGGAAACAGUGGAGAUUAGUCACCAAGGUCACCCUGUCAGGAUGACGUAUGCAGACUUCCUCCGUCGGUACUCUGUAGUUCGGUGUACUAGGGGACCAGCAAGUGGCCACAGACUUGAUGGAGCCCUUGAAGACAAUGUCAGCAUUGACAACAUCAUUAGUACCAUGGCAAAUAAGAGACUUCAGGUACGAGAAAGAGUAAAACGAACACCAACACCUUGUAAAGUGAUGCGGAGACGUACAGCAGAUGACGAAGAUUUGAAAGGUCUUGCUAGCUGUGAACAUUUGAUGAGAUGCUGUGCUGCUAUCCUCACCAUUUCUUGUGAAAAACACCUUGUCAACCCAGCUUCCUUUUGUAAAUACUUCGGCAAGAACAGGAUCUUCUUGACUCAGUCUCAGUUUGAUCAGCUAGAAUCGGCAAGAUCCACUGCACUAAACACAAAAGUGACCCGCAUUCAAACAACAUGGCGGCAGUAUCAAAAGAGAAAGACUUUGCGAAGAAGAAAGAAAGCAGUUUUAACAAUUGAGAAAGCUGUGCAAGAGUGGAUGAUUAGACGCCGUUUACAAAAGGAGAGACAAGAACAGUUGGAACAGUUACAAUCCAUGAUGGCCAACACCUCUGAACUCACAAACAACUUCUGCCAGAGCAGUUACUGCAACCAGAUGGCAGGAGGCAAAUCUCCUGAAAACGGACAGAAUAGAAUCGAAGAACGUGGUGAAGACCUAUUUCAAAAUAACAAUCAUAGUAGUAGUGGUGGUGAUGAUGGCGGUGGUGGUGGUGGUGGUGGUGGUGGUGGUAGUAGCCGUACCAAUAAUAAUAGUAGUAAUAAUAAUUCUACCGGCAACAGAGUGUUCUGGAAGAGUUUCACAUCGCAUCAGAAUCCUUCUUCUGUAUUCACAAAAGACAGUUUGUCGUUGGAAACUGACACUACUACACUCAGCCAACCGAGUCGCCACCAAACCUGCUCCUCCCCUUGUGUGACGCCUGACCCCUCUGAACCUCCCAUAAAACGGUUGAAGAUGUCCUGCGAGCAGUUCACAUCUCUACAGAAUGUUAGUAUUGGCGAUGGUGUGGUCAGCAGAAGAAAAUUACCAAAAUCUGGACUCCGGUUCCACACACGACCCAGCCUCUUGAAAAACGCCCACGUUGUAAACCAGAACGACAUACAGUGCAGUAUCACAGAUAUCUUACCUGACGAUUCCUAAACCAUGUGAAUGUUAAUCUCUGUCAGGCAACUUUGCCGUCUCUGCAAGCCAACAAAAAAAAAAAAUGGGCCCCCUCAGAAGGACAAUGAGAAAAGCCUUUUGCGCCACCCAGAAACCCUCUUUCAUCAUCAUCAUCAUCAUCACCAUCACCAUCAUUUUAACGUCCACUUUACCAUGCUUGCAUAGGGUGAACGGAAUUUGUUGAGGCAGGUUUUCUACAGCCAGAUGCCCUUCCUGUCACCAACAUUUACCCGCUCCCAAACAGCAUAAUAUUUCCCCGUGAAAAGGCAUGUUUACGUAUAGAUAUUGGAGGUGAAUGAUAUUCAUUUACAAUACAAACAUGAUGUCGAGAUGUGGAGACACAGGCAUAUGCGCAUACACACACACACAUUAUAUGAGUGUGUGUGUGUAUAUAUAUAUAUAUAUAUAUAUACAUAUAUAUAUAUAUAU